ACAAUUUGGGUCCCCAAUCAAAGUAGAUCUAAGGGCAUACACCAUCAGAGUGCAGUUUGCUAAUUGGUUGGAAGCAUCCAAACUCGAGUCUGCGAUAUUUUCUUUUACACAAAUAAUGGCUGAAGUUGCUUUACCUGUGAAUUUGUCUGAUAUGAAGUGUGACGUUCCUGAUUUGAAUAGUGAUAACUAUAAGGAGUGGAAGGACAGGAUUCUUCUACAAUUAGGGUGCAUGGACUUUGACUAUGCAAUCCGAAAAUCUGAACCACCUGCAGUCAAUCCUACUAGCUCUAAGGCUCAGAUUGCUGAGCAUGAGAAAUGGGAGCGAUCUAAUCGCCUCAGUAUGAUGUUCAUUCGAACUAAGAUUUCUGCUAGUAUUCGUGGUUCAAUUCCAGAAUGCAAAACAGUCAAUGAGUUACUGAAGGCUAUUGAUGAACAGUUUGAGUCUUCAGAUAAAGCACUUGCUAGCACCCUAAUGACGAAGUUAUCAUCAAUGAGGCUCACCGGUAUUAAAGGUGUGCGCGAGCACAUCAUGAAGAUGAGAGACAUUGCAGCUCAACUGAAAUCCCUGGAGGUUACGAUGUCAGAUUCUUUUCUUAUGCAUUUCAUUUUGAAUUCUCUCCCACAGCAGUAUGGUCCCUUUAAAAUUUCUUAUAACACACAUAAAAAUAAAUGGUCUAUUAAUGAAUUAUUGACCAUGUGUGUUCAAGAAGAAGGGAGGCUGAUUAUGGAAAUGAGAGAGAGUGCAUAUAUGGCCACUCAAGGAAAGAAUAAGUUUACUCAAGCAAGGCAUAAAGGAAAAGGUAAAAUACCCAUCUAGCCUAAAGUAAAGAAGGAAUCCAAGUGCUUCUUUUGCAAAAAGAAAGGACACCUGAAGAAGGAUUGCCUCAAAUUUAAGGCAUGGCUUGAGAAUAAAGGGUUUUCUAAACCAGAGGAAACCAGUGGGAAGUGAACAAAGCAUCUAUUUAGGCAACAAGAUGCGUUCACAUGUGGAGGCAAUUGGGACAUGCAGGCUGAUUUUACAUUCUGGCUUUAUUUUAGAUUUAGAAAAGACUUUUUAUAUUCCUAGUUUCUCUAGGAAUUUAAUUUCAGUUUCUAGACUUGUACCGUUUGGAUAUUCCUUUA